AUGUCAGUGGUGGAGACAGUUAUCCAAUCGAAUUUGAAGCAAAUAUUGGAAACGAUCCAUUUGAUUGCUCGAGAAUGUGGGAGAACGACGGCGCCUCGGCUGGUUGCAGUUUCCAAAACGAAACCCUCAAAUCUGAUUCUCGAAUGUUAUCAAGCUGGGCAAAAACAUUUCGGCGAGAAUUACGUGCAAGAGUUGGAAGAGAAAGGGGCCGAACUACGCGAUUUACAAGACAUAAAAUGGCACUACAUUGGACAAAUGCAAUCGAAUAAGAUCUCAAAAAUCUGCGCCGUUCCGAAUCUCUACUGUAUCGAGACACUCGACAAUGAGAAACACGCUCAACUUCUGGAAAAAGAAAUGAACAAACGAGGAUUGAAAGUGAAAGUGUUGAUACAGGUGAACACAUCAGAUGAAGAACAAAAAGGUGGACUACAGCCAAAUGAGGCAAAAGAACUCGGGAAAUUUGUUGAUGAACAGUGUGCUCAUCUUGAAUUUUCUGGUUUUAUGACGAUCGGAUCGGUGGCAGGGAGUUCCAUGACACCAAAUCCGGAUUUCGAAAAGUUACGAGAAGUUCGUGAUGAUUUCGCGAAAGAAGUGGGAAGGGGUGUUGAGGGAUUUGAGUUGUCGAUGGGAAUGUCCGACGAUUUCGAGACAGCAAUUCGACAAGGAAGUACAAAUAUUCGAGUGGGGAGCAAAAUAUUUGGACCAAGAUUGCCUAAGAAA